UCAGGCUUCUGGGGUCGGAGGCGCGCGCGCAGUUCAGGGUUUGGGCUGGGGUGGAGAGGUCCGUGGGGACAUAAAGCGCGCGUUCGGGAAGAGAGUACUAUGCGCCGCGUGGAGCAGGAGCUGCCCCGGGUGCUAAGCGGAGCGCGAGCCUGCCCCCGGCCCAGAAUCUGGUCCUGGGAGCGCGCGAGCUGGAGAGAGCCAAUUGCAGUGUCUCAACCUCGCCGAGAGCUUCGAGGCAGCUGCAGCCGCAACCACAACCACGGCUGUGCUUAGUACUGCCGAGCCUUCCGGCCCGGAGCGCGUGCUCAGCCACAAACGGGGAACAAAAGAACCUGGAAUGAGACUGGUGAGUUUGCAAAAGGAAAGUGAAAGCCGGGCUAGGAGCUCUGAGGCAGUGGCUGAGUGAGAAACUGAGAGUCUGUCAGCCCGUCCCCCCAGGCGCAGCCGAGCGUCAUGAGCUCCGGAAUGCGGAGUCUCGCGCCGGGUUCCCAAGGCUAGUUUUCCCCGGCCGUCCUCGAGGGGACCAGCCCUGCAACCAUGGCUAUAGCCCACCUGGCCACGGAGUAUGUGUUCUCGGACUUCCUGCUCAAGGAACCCACUGAGCCCAAGUUUAAGGGUUUGCGCCUGGAGCUGGCGGUGGAUAAGAUGGUUACUUGCAUCGCCGUGGGGCUGCCCCUACUCCUCAUCUCACUGGCCUUCGCACAGGAGAUCUCCAUCGGUACACAGAUAAGCUGCUUCUCUCCCAGUUCCUUCUCCUGGCGCCAGGCUGCUUUUGUGGACUCCUACUGCUGGGCAGCAGUUCAGCAAAGGCAUUCCUUGAACAGUGAUUCAGAAAACCUCCCAUUGUGGCUCCAUAAGUUUUUCCCUUACAUUUUGUUGCUGCUAGCCAUACUGUUGUACAUGCCUACAUUGUUUUGGCGUUUCACUGCGGCCCCUCACCUUUGUUCGGAUAUGAAGUUCAUUAUGGAGGAACUUGACAAAGUUUACAACCGGGCCAUCAAAGCUGUGAAGAGUGUUCAUGGUGUUGAUGUGAGAGAUGGUGCCAGCCCAUUUGUGAGUGUGGCUGAGAAUGUUGGGCAAAGUCUCUGGGAAAUCUCUGAAAGCCACUUCAAAUACCCAAUAGUGGAACAGUACUUGAAGACAAAGAAGAAGUCAAAGAACUUAAUAGUCAAGUACCUCAUCUGCCGGGCCGUGACCUUCAUAAUUAUACUGCUGGCCUGUGUCUACCUGGGUUAUUACUUCAGCCUUUCCUCCCUGACUGAUGAGUUUGUCUGCAGCAUCAAGUCGGGAAUCCUGAAGAAUGACAGCACAGUUCCAGAGCAGAUUCAGUGUAAGCUCAUUGCAGUUGGGAUUUUCCAGCUUCUCAGUUUCAUUAACCUGGUGGUUUAUGCUCUGCUGGCGCCCGUGGUCAUGUACACAUUCUUGGUUCCCUUUAGACAGAAAACUGACGUUCUCAAAGUCUAUGAAAUCCUGCCCACCUUUGAUAUCCUGCACUUCAAGUCAGAAGAAUACAAUGACUUGAGUCUCUAUUAUCUUUUCCUGGAAGAAAAUAUAAGUGAGCUUAAGUCCUUUAAGUGUCUUAAAGUCCUGGAGAACAUUAAAAACAACAGUCAGGGGAUUGACCCCAUGCUACUCCUGUCUAACCUUGGGAUGAUCAAGACUGAUGUCGUAGAUGGUAAAACCACCAAGCCUGCAGAGAAAAAGGGAGCGGAACCUGGGAAUGAUGUGACAGAGCUCAACGUUUUGACAGAUCAGGAUUUAAGCAACGAAGCCAAAGCAAACAAUGAAGAGAAGAAAAUUCGCCAGAGACUUCUAGAGUCUUCACAAUGACCCUUUCCCACUAACUUUCAGUGUUGUGACUUUUAUGAAGAGUGGCAUCCCAGUUAUGGUGCAAGCCUUGCUGAUUAGAGAAGUCAAAGGAUCAGGCUCUUACCCACCUUGAAUUGAGCCCAACUCACAAUGGGUACACAUUUGGUGAGGAUGGCAAGGAACUGAUCUAGUGUCUGCACUGGGGUGAUGAGCUCAAAGAUUCUCAGUAUUGUGAGCAAGAGGCAAGGUAAUGGAGGUUUAAGAACAUAUUGAAUGAAUUACCUGAGAGCUAAGCAGACUGCCUCCAGUAUAGCUGCUAGAACCAUUUUAAUACAUAAAUAAUAAAACAGUUAAGGUGUAAAAAGAAGUGUGGCACUGGCAAGAGAUCUAGAGAAAAGCUGUUCUGUGGAAGAUAAUGAUGAUCAAUUUCACAUCAACAUGAAGAUAUGAACUUACAAAAAAUAAAAGUCAAGUAUUAUUAAGCUCCUGGGGUACUUAAUGAUCACUGUUGGACCACAAAGUGUCCUGCAAGGUAUAUGUGGAUAGCAGGUGUAUAGAAAAAACUGACUUCCUCCUAAGUGUCUUAUUUUGGGGAUAAUAAAAAUUAGACUCUAUUGUUAAAGCUUUUGUACUAUAUUGUAGGUUUUUUGGUCUCCAUUUAAGCAGUUUCUAUGUCAGACCAGUCUAAUGCCUUCAAACAAAGGCUUUAGUUUGGGUUUGGUUUUUUUUGGGGGGGGGGUUUGGUUUGGGCUUCUUGUUGUUGUUUUUGCAGCAAAGUGUUGUCAAACAAACAUAUAAGUCAGGAAGUCCGAGGUGUAGGGAACACUAACCUGAAAGAGGCUAGUUAAAAUGAAGACAAAAAGAACUUGUUAAGCCCACAUCUGGAUGACUCCAAAUACAGCCUUGCUUUAAAAACCCAGGCACAGACAUCCAAGCUGACAAAGUGGAAAACUACGGGAAAGAAUAUUUCAUAUUGCAAAGGGAGCCACUUCCCAAAAGGGAAUUCCUGCGGGGUUUCUUCAAACCCUGAGCUCACCUAAUGCAUCUAAGAUGUGAUUCAAUUGAAAUACAGCUUCAAGGGGACAUUUCUUUGGCUUAAAAGUGAGGCAAACCUGUAUUGGAUUUCUGUCAGAAAGCAUUAUGUCAUUCCUGCCAAAAUAUGUACUUUUUGGAAAGGAUUCAAGUCGUGGUACUAAAGCCAUUUGGCCACUUGUUUUGCAGAAAAAUUUUAUAGGCAGUUUUUAAAUAAUAAUAGGUAGAGAUGUGCUAUGUACAGGUGAGUGGAUGAGACAAUUCUUUCAAGUGAGAAUUCAGAACCAUCAUGGGGAACCUGCGGCCUCGAGGCCACAUGUGGCCCUCUAGGUCCUUGGGUGUGACCUUUUGACUUGGGUCCCAAGUU